AGCGAGACCUGACCGUCGGCUGGCCCAGGCCGCUGCCGGCGGGCUCCUCCGUGCCCUCAUGGCUGCCUUUUCCUUAGAUGCUGCUGCUGCUGCUGGUGCCGCUCUUCCUCCGCCCCUUGGGCGCUGGCGGGGCGCAGACCCCCAACGUCACCUCGGAAGGUUGCCAGAUUAUACAUCCGCCCUGGGAAGGUGGCAUCAGAUACCGUGGCUUGACUCGCGACCAGGUGAAGGCCAUCAACUUCCUGCCUGUGGACUAUGAGAUUGAAUAUGUGUGCCGAGGGGAGCGCGAGGUGGUGGGGCCCAAGGUGCGCAAGUGCCUGGCCAACGGCUCCUGGACGGAUAUGGACACACCCAGCCGCUGUGUCCGAAUCUGCUCCAAGUCUUAUUUGACCCUGGAAAAUGGGAAGGUUUUCCUGACGGGUGGGGACCUCCCAGCUCUGGAUGGAGCCCGGGUGGAUUUCCGAUGUGACCCCGACUUCCAUCUGGUGGGCAGCUCCAGGAGCAUCUGUAGUCAGGGCCAGUGGAGCACCCCCAAGCCCCACUGCCAGGUGAAUCGAACGCCACACUCAGAACGGCGUGCAGUAUACAUCGGGGCGCUGUUUCCCAUGAGCGGGGGCUGGCCGGGGGGCCAGGCCUGCCAGCCCGCGGUGGAGAUGGCGCUGGAGGACGUUAACAGCCGCAGAGACAUCCUGCCGGACUACGAGCUCAAGCUUAUCCACCACGACAGCAAGUGUGACCCAGGGCAAGCCACCAAGUACUUGUACGAACUACUCUACAAUGACCCCAUCAAGAUCAUCCUCAUGCCUGGCUGCAGUUCCGUCUCCACACUUGUAGCUGAGGCUGCCCGGAUGUGGAACCUUAUUGUGCUCUCAUAUGGCUCCAGCUCACCAGCCUUGUCAAACCGACAGCGGUUUCCAACGUUCUUCCGGACACAUCCAUCCGCUACACUCCACAAUCCCACUCGGGUGAAACUCUUCGAAAAGUGGGGCUGGAAGAAGAUUGCCACCAUCCAGCAGACCACGGAGGUCUUCACCUCAACAUUGGAUGACCUGGAAGAGCGAGUGAAAGAGGCCGGGAUUGAGAUUACUUUCCGACAGAGUUUCUUCUCAGAUCCAGCUGUGCCUGUUAAAAACCUAAAGCGUCAAGAUGCUCGAAUCAUCGUGGGACUUUUCUAUGAGACCGAAGCCCGGAAAGUUUUUUGUGAGGUCUAUAAGGAACGGCUCUUUGGGAAGAAGUACGUCUGGUUCCUCAUUGGGUGGUAUGCUGACAACUGGUUCAAGACCUAUGACCCGUCAAUCAAUUGUACAGUGGAAGAGAUGACUGAGGCGGUGGAGGGCCACAUCACCACGGAGAUUGUCAUGCUGAACCCUGCCAACACCCGAAGCAUUUCCAACAUGACAUCACAGGAAUUUGUGGAGAAGCUAACCAAGCGGCUGAAAAGACACCCUGAGGAGACUGGAGGCUUCCAAGAGGCACCACUGGCCUAUGAUGCUAUCUGGGCCUUGGCUUUGGCCUUGAACAAGACCUCCGGAGGAGGUGGCCAUUCUGGCGUGCGGCUGGAGGACUUUAACUACAACAACCAGACCAUUACAGACCAAAUCUACCGGGCCAUGAACUCCUCUUCCUUUGAGGGUGUUUCUGGCCAUGUGGUCUUUGAUGCCAGUGGCUCCCGGAUGGCAUGGACUCUAAUCGAGCAGCUUCAGGGCGGCAGCUACAAGAAAAUCGGCUACUAUGACAGCACAAAGGAUGAUCUUUCCUGGUCCAAAACAGACAAGUGGAUCGGAGGGUCUCCCCCAGCUGACCAGACCUUGGUCAUCGAGACAUUCCGUUUCCUGUCACAGAAACUCUUUAUCUCCGUCUCAGUUCUCUCCAGCCUGGGCAUUGUUCUUGCUGUUGUCUGUCUGUCCUUUAACAUCUACAACUCCCACGUUCGUUAUAUCCAGAACUCCCAGCCCAACCUGAACAAUCUGACUGCUGUGGGCUGUUCACUGGCACUAGCUGCUGUCUUCCCCCUUGGACUGGAUGGUUACCACAUAGGGAGAGGCCAGUUCCCAUUUGUCUGUCAGGCCCGCCUUUGGCUCUUGGGCUUAGGUUUUAGUCUGGGCUAUGGCUCUAUGUUCACCAAGAUCUGGUGGGUCCACACAGUCUUCACAAAGAAGGAGGAGAAGAAGGAAUGGAGGAAGACCCUAGAGCCCUGGAAACUGUAUGCCACUGUCGGCCUGCUGGUGGGCAUGGAUGUCCUGACUCUUGCCAUCUGGCAGAUUGUGGACCCCUUGCACCGAACCAUUGAGACUUUUGCCAAGGAAGAACCAAAGGAAGACAUUGAUGUCUCCAUUCUGCCCCAGCUGGAGCACUGCAGUUCCAAGAAGAUGAAUACAUGGCUUGGCAUUUUCUAUGGUUACAAGGGGCUGCUGCUGCUGCUGGGAAUCUUUCUUGCUUAUGAGACCAAAAGUGUGUCCACUGAAAAGAUCAAUGACCACAGGGCUGUGGGCAUGGCUAUCUACAAUGUUGCGGUCCUGUGUCUCAUCACCGCUCCUGUGACCAUGAUCCUUUCCAGCCAGCAGGAUGCAGCCUUCGCCUUUGCCUCUCUGGCCAUUGUGUUCUCUUCCUACAUUACUCUGGUUGUGCUCUUUGUGCCCAAGAUGCGUAGGUUGAUCACCCGAGGGGAAUGGCAGUCUGAAGCGCAGGACACCAUGAAAACAGGAUCAUCCACCAACAACAACGAGGAAGAGAAGUCCCGACUGUUGGAGAAAGAAAACCGUGAAUUGGAAAAGAUCAUCGCCGAGAAAGAGGAGCGUGUCUCUGAGCUGCGCCAUCAGCUCCAGUCUCGGCAGCAGCUCCGCUCACGGCGCCACCCCCCGACACCCCCAGACCCCUCUGGGGGCCUUCCCAGGGGACCCUCAGAGCCCCCUGACCGUCUUAGCUGUGAUGGGAGUCGAGUGCAUUUGCUUUACAAGUGAGGGGGUAUCAAGAAGGAUAAGGCCAGUAGGGGAGGGAAGGGUGU